CCAGCAGGGCUAUCUUACCCUACCCGCCUUAAUCCGCAAGUUGGGCAUCAUCUGCCUUCAGCUCCAUUCAGUUUACCCCCUCUUAGUCCACUUUCCACCAUGACAGACCACCCUGUUGACGCGAGUGCGGAGAAUGAUUCUAGUAGUUCGAAUAUCACAUCGCCCCGCUCUAGUACAGAUUCGCGGAUCACCUCCCUGGGCAACCGAUCCCUUCGACUUUCAUCUCACGCAUCCGGUCACCAGCACCGCCAAAGCAUGAGCGAAAGUCUUCGUGGAACUCCUGGAUCGCCGAGGGCUCGGCGACAACCGUCUCUCACCCAGUCCGCCAUCCAGAGUCUCAUUGAUAACCCUCCCGCGCCAUGUAACGUCAAUUCGGCAUUUGCCGGUCGCGACUGGCGCGAGAUUCGGAUUGGGGAGCUCGUCACUCCAACCGACUUGAAAUUCGUGGAGCUGGAUACCGGAAUCGAAGAAGCGACGAAUAUCCUGAUCAAUACCGCAGCUCCCGUACUCUUGAUUCGAGAAACCCCUGAUCAGAAGUCUGCCGUCGGCACUUUCGACUAUUCCGACCUCAACGCAUACCUCCUGUUGGCGGCAGGGCUGACGCAGCCCGAUGAAGCGCUAAUAGCGUCGUAUGAGGAAUUGGCGCGCAAGGCGAAACAGGGAAUAAAGAUACCGCUUAAGGAUGUCAAGGAUUUGGGCAGGAAAGAGCCGCUGACCACGCUGCCUGCAUCAGCCAGCGUGAUGACGGCCGUGCAGACUUUUGGCGGAGGCGUGCAUCGCGUUGUGGUUGUUGAUGAACAAAAGGACAAGGAAGUAGUGGGUAUUUUCAGUCAGUACCGGCUGGUCAAGUUUCUCUGGGAGAACGGACGCAGCUUCCCAGUGAUUGACCAGCUCUACCCCCAGUCCUUGCACGAGCUGGGAAUUGGUUCGCGAGAGGUCAUCUCAAUCAAUGGUGACCGGCCGCUCUGCGAAGCCCUGCAGAUCAUGAAUGAUGAAGGGGUUUCCUCGAUUGCCGUAGUGGACAACCAUUUCAAUGUCGUGGGGAACAUCUCGACAACGGAUGUCAAGCUUCUGACCCGUUCGUCCUCACUCCCGUUACUGCGCAACACCUGCACGCAUUUCAUCUCCGUGAUCCUAUCUACUCGCGGUCUGGAGGAGGGCAAGGAUUCAUUCCCCGUGUUUCACGUUAAUCCGACUUCGACCCUAGCACAUACCGUGGCUAAGGUGGUCGCAACCAAGUCUCACCGCCUCUGGGUAACGGAUCCCCUCUCGCCCGCCUCGUCCGGACCCCCUACCCCGUCUCAUUCCUCCGUGCACAUUCCUCUUCCGUCAACUACGCAAUCUCCGCCGCAGACCCCCGCUAUCGGCGGGAAUCCGAGCCUGCAGGCCCCAAAUUUCAGCUCCGCGCACUUGCCGAGCCCGCCCCAGAGUUUCCUUGGCACGGCAACCAUGGCGCCAUCAAUUCCUGCGUCGGCUUUGCCUGGGGCGCGACUCUCGGGCCGACUAGUGGGGGUGGUGAGUCUGACAGACAUCCUGAAUCUGCAGGCGCGGGCGAGCGGACUGAGUCCCGCAGACCCCGCGGAGAGUCGGAGCCGACGUCGCCGAAGCAGCAGUUCUAGUGUAAGCGUGCGACGGAGCGGGGAGAUCGGCCGGGAGUUGUUCAGUGGGAGGAUUGUAUAGGCGGGGGGUAACCUAGGGAUUUUAAGAUGCAAGAUACAGGUGCAAUGCACACGGGGCCUGGACUCCUCAUGCGCAUUCGAGUCACUCAGC